CAGCUGGGUCCUGUUGUGACCUCUGCAGGCUCAGGAGGCGUGCGCCGGGCAGGAGAAGCCGGUGCUGAUUGAAGGGAGAGGGCUCCCGGGCUUCCGAGUGUGGAGGAUUUAUGAGCAGGGCGCGGAGCGAGAGGGCGAGGCGCCGCCGCCCGUUGGAACAGCAUGGGUGUGAUAGGUGUGCAGCUGGUGGUUACCAUGGUGAUGGCUAGUAUUAUACAGAAGAUCAUACCUCACUACUCUCUGGCCCGGUGGCUUCUCUGUAGUGGCAGUUUGCGAUGGUACCUCCAUCCCACAGAAGAAGAGCUACGUAUCCUUGCAGGAAAACAACAAAAAGGGAAAAGCAAGAAAGAUAGGAAAUACAAUGGUCACAUUGAAAAUAAACCAUUAACCAUUCCUAAGGACAUUGAUCUUCGUCUGGAGACAAAAACUAUCACUGAAAUAGAUGCAUUAGCUUUGCAUUAUUUUCCUGAAUAUCAGUGGCUGGUGGACUUCACAGUUGCAGCUACAGUGGUGUAUUUGGUAACUGAAGCCUACUACAGUUGGAUGAAGCCCUCACAAGAAAUGAAUAUCAGCAUUGUUUGGUGUCUGCUUGUUCUGGCUUUUGCAAUCAAAAUAUUGUUCUCAUUAACCACUCAUUACUUCAAGGUCGAAGAAGGUGGUGAAAGAUCAGUCUGUGUAACCUUUGGCUUCUUUUUCUUUGUUAAAGCCAUGACAAUUCUGAUAGUAACAGAAAACUAUUUAGAAUUUGGACUUGAAUCAGGCUUCUCAAAUUUUUCAGAAAGUGCUGUGCAGUUUUUUGAAAAGCAAGGUUUAGAAUCCAAGGGUCCUGUUUCUAAAGUAACAUUCAAAUUCUUCCUGGCUAUUCUUUGUUCCCUUAUUGGUGCUUUUUUAACAUUCCCUGGAUUGAGAUUGGCUCAGAUGCAUCUGGAUGCUUUGAGUUUAACAACAGAAAAAAUCACCCAAACCCUGCUGCACAUAAACUUCCUGGCACCUUUGCUUAUGGUCUUAUUGUGGGUAAAGCCCAUUACCAAGGACUACAUAAUGAAUCCACCACUGGGAAAAGAGAGUGUGCCUUUAAUGUCAGAAGCUACAUUUGAUACUAUUAGGUUGUGGAUAAUAAUUCUCAUGUGUGCUUUGAGGUUAGCCAUGAUGCGCAGUCAUCUCCAAGCCUAUCUGAAUUUAGCACAGAAAUCUGUGGAUCAAAUGAAAAAGGAAGUUGGAAGAAUAAGUACAGUAGAAGUGCAGAAAAUGGUGGCCAGGGUAUUUUAUUACCUCUGUAUAAUUGCCCUCCAGUAUGUGGCACCUCUGGUUAUGCUGCUUCAUAUGACUCUUCUUUUGAAAACUUUAGGAAACUAUUCCUGGGGCAUUUAUUCGGAAUCACCUUCAGACUUAUCAGUGGAGAGCAAUCCACUGAGCCGUUCAGCAAACUCUGAAUCUUCCUCUGAGGAUGGGAAGAUGAAGGCAAAUGUUAUACAGCUAACAGUGGCACUGGCUAGCCUGAAGAACAUUUUCACUCCACUCCUAUUCAGGGGACUCCUGUCCUUCCUCACCUGGUGGAUUGCUGCUUGCCUUUUUUCCACAAGCCUUUUUGGGCUCUUCUAUCAUCAAUACCUGACAGUAGCGUGACCUAACAAGGCAGGUCUUCAAUGUUAGGAACUCUUUAUGCCUCAAGAAGGCAGAAGAAAACGGAAUGAGAUAACUUGAUGAAGAGGAAAACAUACUUGUUUUUCCUUAUAUGCUUCUGUGUUCUGGGCAAUGUUGGUGGGUGAUGUUGGAAGCUGUGAAUUUAUAACUGUUACCUUAAAUUGCAGGUAACUGCUGAAUUGGUGAGCUAUUUUAAAAUAUAUCCAAGUACCUUUGUUUUCAUGAACUAUGCUGCCCUGAAUACAUUGUGUAUUCAGUUAUAGAUUGGCCGAUCUUAGUGGUGUUAAGGUACUGGGGAAAUAUUUAUGGUGACUGCUUAGAAAAUGAACUUUCAACUGAGCCAUAUAGGGGAGCAGGAAAAGUUAUCUGUUGGGAAAUCAUGGAUGACUUUUCUACUGAAAAGCAAAUUAAUCCAACAGGACGAAAGAAAUACUGUAUAUUACAGUAAAGGAAGCGGUUUGCAUCAAGUGUAUUGUAAAUAAAAUGCAUGGCCUCAGCAAGUGUACAUGCCGAAGGACUUAUACAGCAAGGGUAUUGUAUUGCAAUAUACAAUAUUAUGUCACUGUUCCCUUAAUAGAUGAAUGUUCAGGAGUGUGCAAUUACCUGAUUUAAAAGCUUUCCCCCUUUUCAGCACUCACAUACUUGAAAUGGAUUCUUUAGCGGUUAUAACUGACUAGUAGGAAGUCCAAAAAUAGCGUGGCAGCUUAUUACAUGUACCUCACUCCUGCACAUUCAUGUAUUAAGCUAUGCAAAGUGGUAUAAUAUGCUGCGGCACCCUCUUAGUGAGGCACUGUACCCCUUAAUGUAAUGUGUGAGGAAGUCCUGAAUAAUUUUCAUAUUGUAAGAGUAAUAUUAUAAAUAUAUUGUUUCAGUCUUAACAAUCUUUUUAAAAAUAAUAAAUGCCAUAUGAAUACUUGGA